AUAAGGUAAAGCCGAUAACAGUAGUACAUUUGUUCGAUCGAAGACAUAUCACACACAAGUUCAUAAACGAUGGCCGAGAGCGAUUUCGAGAGCGAGUCCUUAACCGAUCUAGAGGAGACGUUCAACAGAGCUGCCAAAUAUCUGCAGACACUGGUGUCGGAAUUGGAUUCGGGUCAGCUGCUCGCGUUUUACGGUCUAUAUAAACAAGCGACCGUGGGCCCUUGCGACACCCCGCGCCCCAAUUGGUAUCAGGUGCAGGCCAAGCAGAAGUGGGAGGCAUGGAAGAAUCUUGGGGACAUGGACCGCGAGACCGCGAUGACGAAUUACAUUCAAGGAAUUGCGAGAAUAAAUCCUGCGUGGGACGCGGAAGAGAUGAAAGCCGAAUCUUCGCAAUGGAUCGUCUUCAGCAAGCUAUCGUACGAUAACGUAGAAUUGAACGAUGAGGAUAAGACGUUCCUAGACUGGAUCAAGGAGGGCAACGCGGCGAAGGUGCGAGAAUUUUUGAGCAGUGAGCCCGCACUCGUGGACAAACCCGACGAGGAGGGCAUGCACCCCAUACACUGGGCCGCGGAUCGCGGCUACCUCGAAAUUCUUGAUUAUUUGAUUAAGAGCGGCGCGAAUGUGAAUUCGCGGGAUCAGUACGGGCAAACGGCCCUUCACUACGUGGUAAGUUGCGAUCACGUGGAUGCGGUCAAGUACUUGCUCUCGAUCGGCGCUCAAUCGAAUAUAACGGAUAAUGACGGUGUGACGCCCAAAGAAAUCGCGAAUGAACAGAUCGCAGCUCUUUUAUAAAUGCUACCCCACGAUGCUGUACACGAGCACUCUGCGUUUAUGAUUGUUAAUUCUGUUUGAGUAUAUUAAUAAAUCCAGUAUAUCGAUAAUCUCGCAUGGAAAUCAUAAAGUGCCUUAUAUUAAAGUCCACUCGCCAUUUC